UCGCGGUGGGUUUGAGACUAAAAAUAAGAUAUUUUAUCUUUUUUGGCUCUCUGCUAUAAAGACGACAACAGUGCGGUGGUGCUGGACACACGCCGAUUAGCGAGAGUACCCCAACAGUCUCACCUAAAAUUAUCUAAUCGCAAAGGAAAAUUUCGGAUCAGACUCGUCUUUGCAUAAUGGAUCCUUACAGGGUACGUCCUUCAAGCGCUCAUGAUUCCCCUUUCUUCACUACAAACUCGGGUGCUCCUGUGUGGAACAACAACUCCUCUUUGACUGUCGGAACCAGAGGUCCGAUUCUUCUCGAGGACUAUCAUCUACUUGAGAAAAUCGCCAACUUUGACAGGGAGCGGAUUCCUGAGAGGGUUGUUCAUGCCAGGGGAGCCAGUGCAAAGGGUUUCUUUGAAGUCACUCAUGACAUCACACAACUUACUUCUGCUGAUUUUCUUCGAGGACCUGGUGUUCAGACCCCUGUUAUCGUUCGUUUCUCAACUGUGAUCCAUGAGCGUGGCAGCCCUGAGACUCUGAGGGAUCCUCGUGGUUUUGCUGUUAAGUUUUACACCAGAGAGGGGAACUUUGAUCUUGUUGGGAACAACUUCCCUGUCUUCUUCAUCCGUGAUGGAAUGAAAUUCCCUGACAUGGUCCAUGCAUUGAAACCGAAUCCCAAAUCUCACAUUCAGGAGAACUGGAGGAUCCUGGACUUUUUUUCCCACCACCCAGAGAGUUUGCACAUGUUUUCCUUCCUCUUUGAUGAUCUUGGUAUCCCUCAGGACUACAGGCACAUGGAAGGCGCUGGGGUCAACACUUACAUGCUAAUCAACAAAGCUGGAAAAGCUCACUAUGUGAAAUUCCACUGGAAGCCGACUUGUGGGAUUAAAUGCUUGUUGGAUGAGGAAGCUAUCAAAGUUGGAGGUUCCAAUCACAGCCAUGCCACCAAAGAUCUGUAUGACUCAAUUGCAGCCGGGAACUAUCCACAGUGGGAUCUCUUUGUUCAAGUGAUGGAUCCUGCCCAUGAAGACAAAUUCGAUUUCGAUCCGCUUGAUGUCACUAAGAUCUGGCCUGAAGAUAUCUUGCCUCUACAACCUGUUGGCCGCUUGGUCUUGAACAAAAACAUCGACAACUUCUUUAAUGAGAACGAACAGAUUGCUUUCUGUCCUGCUCUUGUGGUUCCAGGCAUCCACUAUUCAGAUGAUAAACUACUCCAGACCCGGAUCUUCUCCUAUGCUGAUAGUCAGAGACACCGUCUUGGACCAAACUAUCUGCAACUGCCUGUCAAUGCCCCUAAAUGUGCUCACCACAACAAUCACCAUGAAGGUUUUAUGAACUUCAUGCACCGGGAUGAAGAGGUCAAUUACUUCCCUUCAAGGAUGGAUCCGGUUCGUCAUGCUCAAAAGUUCCCUGCAACUCCUAUUAUCUGCUCUGGAAAUCGUGAGAAGUGCAUCAUUGGGAAGGAGAAUAACUUCAAGCAGCCAGGAGAGAGAUACCGGUCCUGGGAUUCAGACAGGCAAGAGCGGUUCUUGAAGCGUUUUGUUGAAGCACUUUCGGAGCCUCGUGUGACACACGAAAUCCGCAGCAUUUGGAUCUCUUAUUGGUCGCAGGCAGACAAAUCUCUGGGACAGAAAUUAGCUACUCGUCUUAACGUGAGGCCAAAUAUCUGAAUGAUACCAUCUCUCAAGACUUAAGUAAAAUCGUCUAAACCAAUAUUCUCCUCUUUACGCUUUGGUUUCAAAGUAAACUCGUUGGUAAUAGAUAAUUAAAAUAAUAACAUUGAAAAUGAAACUCUUAAAGAAGGGUACUUGUUCCUGCUUAUAA